CAACCUCUUUGUAAGGUUCAUCUUUUGAUAAGGCUGUUCGUCUGCGCCAUUUAUUUUUCUUCUAGUCUCACCUAAUUGUCGAAAUGUUCAGGGCUCUGAGGAUUUUAGGUUCAACUAAAAAUAUUAUAAAUUCUUCACAACCAGCAUGUAUAAAAGUGCGACAAAUGUCCAAGGUUUCUACUGAAUCUGAUGAAGAAUUCGAUGCGAGGUAUGAAGCAUUUUUUAACAAUCCUAGCAUUGAUGGAUGGGAUGUGAGAAAAGCUAUGAAUGAUAUAUGUGGAAUGGAUUUAGUUCCUGAACCAAAGAUUGUUACUGCUGCUCUAAAGGCCUGUAGGAGGGUGAAUGAUUAUGCAUUAGCUGUUCGCUUUUUGGAAGCAGUUAAAUUUAAGUGUGGCGGAAAGGUCCAAGAAAUUUAUCCUUAUAUACUCCAUGAAAUCAAGCCUACUCUGGAUGAACUGGGUAUCGACACACCAGAAAAGUUGGGAUAUGACAAGCCAGAAUUAGCCUUAUCUAAUGUGUUUGAGAUGCAUUAAAACUUAAAACUAUGUGAAGUUAGUGAUUUAGUUCCUUAAGGAGAUUUCAAAAAUUUGUUUCCCAUCACUGUAAUUUUUCCAAAAGAAUUCUAAUCUAGUACACACUUUGUUGUUAAAAAUCAAAUAUUUUUUUUUACAAUGUGUAAAAUCUAAGUGUUAUAACUGUUGAUUAAUAAACGAUUGCUUAGACUUU